UAAAAGGAGCACAUAUGAGUUGUGACAACCAAUAACAUGUCUAAUGUCUAUGUUCAUAAUAUAAUAUUCCCUCAUUUUUAAUAUAUUUAUUAUGUUUCAGACUAGAUAACGUUUUUAAUUUUCAAUAUAAAAUAUAUUUAAUUUUUAUGCUGUAUAAUUUUUUUUGUAUUCUGCCGUAUAUUUUUUAUUUGUUAAAUUGUGGUUAAAUAAAUAUUUAAAUAUUUUUUAAAUUUUGGAUGUAUAAACCUAAAACUUCAACUAAUAAAAACAGAAUAAGGGAGAGAGUUUAACACAUCAAACUUUAAAAAAUUUCAAUUUAUAUUUUCCAUGAUUAUAUAAUAACACUUUCACAAAACUAAUAUGCAUACACAUAUAAUAGACAAUAUAAAUUUUAUUUUUAUCCUAAGGAAUAUAAAUAGUACGUCAACUAAAAACAAUAAUUUCUUCAUCAACGACAAUAAAUGGCAUGAAAUAAACCAGCACACAUUGCUAUAUAAACCGACUCAUCCAACAAGUCCAAAGACACAUAACAAACCGAAACACAAAACUCUGAAAGAAAAAAAAAUGUCUUCAACUUCAAUACUUUUAAUCAAAACAACCUUCGUUGUAAUCAUCUUUGUCUCGUUCACAAUUUCUCCAGCAACUUCAACGGUGCCUGAAGAAUGCGCAAGCGAGUCAGCGAACCCGUGCGUCAACAGAUCUAAAGCUUUGCCUCUCAAAAUCAUAGCUAUCGCCACAAUCCUAGUCGCUAGCAUGAUUGGUGUGGGCGCUCCUCUCUUUAGCCGUUCGGUGCCGUUCCUCCGACCCGACGGUGACAUUUUCACAGUUGUUAAGUGCUUCGCCUCCGGGAUCAUCCUCGGAACCGGUUUUAUGCACGUGUUGCCUGAUUCUUUCGACAUGUUGUCAUCACAAUGUCUUGAAGAGAACCCGUGGCACAAGUUUCCCUUCACGGGGUUUCUCGCUAUGCUGUCUGGUCUAAUCACUCUAGCCAUCGAUUCCAUGGCUACGAGCCUCUAUGCUAGCAAGAAAGCCGUUGGGAUCAUACCCCAUGGUCAUGGUCACGGCCCGGAAAAUAAUGUUACCUUACCAACAAAAGAUGAUGAUUCCACGAAUGCACAACUCUUGCGAUACCGAGUCAUUGCUAUGGUCUUGGAGCUUGGAAUCAUAGUUCACUCUGUGGUCAUUGGACUGUCUCUAGGAGCAACUAAUGAUACUUGCACCAUUAAAGGACUCAUCGCAGCUCUUUGCUUCCAUCAAAUGUUUGAAGGCAUGGGACUUGGAGGUUGCAUUCUCCAGGCUGAGUAUACGAACUUGAAAAAUUUUGUUAUGGCGUUCUUUUUCGCGGUGACAACUCCAUUCGGAAUAGCGUUAGGAAUCGCUCUAUCAACAGUUUACAGAGAAAACAGUCCCAAUGCUUUGAUAACUGUUGGACUUCUCAAUGCAUGCUCGGCCGGAUUGCUCAUCUACAUGGCACUCGUUGACCUUCUAGCUGCAGAGUUCAUGGGGCCAAAGCUUCAAGGCAGCAUCAAAGUGCAGUUCAAAUGUUUCGCCGCGGCUCUUCUCGGGUGUGGUGGAAUGUCGAUUCUCGCCAAAUGGGCCUAACUAAUGCUGCGGCAUGUGGAUUUCUUUAUCCAACUGAAGAACCGUUUUUAGGUUUAAGUCUUGAUCCUCUAUCGGUUUUGUUUCCUUGUAAUUCACUUACGUGGUACUAUCUAUCACAUUUGUAAGAACAUGUCUUUUGGUAGAUAUGUAAAGACAUGUAAAUGUAAUUCGUCCCACGAGUCUAUAGUCUUUUUCAAUGUUUUUUUUUCAAUGUCUUUUUCAAUGUUCUUUCUAUAUUCUUGGUGUGAGCUCUUGGCGUGUAAUGUUCUCGCAAGUUGUAUGAUACUAUAAAAAUGAAUAGUACUUUUGUUUCUUUCAA